AUGGCAAACAAAAGAAAGAAACUUACUCCUAUAACAAAAUCCAAAAAAUCUAAUAAUCCUACAAAUAUUAGACUCAAACCUGAGGUUUCCAGGAAAUUAAUCAAUAGAUUCCAUGUGUUAAUCAAAGCCAAAGCCUUACUUUUUACUAAAAUCCUGUUACCUAAAAAUCAUAAGCUUUCAGAAGAAAAUUACCUGUCCAUAUUAUCUGACUCAUACCCUAGGAUUAACCAGUUAUAUUUAACCAGAAAAAAUGAAAUAUUUACUAAACUCUCUCAACAAUCUAAGAAACAUCGGACGGAAAUGAGAAAUGACUUGUUCGUCACGCUUUCUAAACUCCAUGACUGCAGGCUUUCUAAUGAUAUAACUGAUCAACUUCUAUCGACAGCAAUCGAAAUACUAGCAGAAAUUGAUGCAGAAAUUGAUCUUCAAGGUGGAUUGCACACCUAUCAAGUAGCAUCGCUCAAUGGCCAAGACAAACUACGGGGUAGUGAUUCAUCAAAAAAGUUGAUUGAAUGGCUAACCGAACUCUGCAAAUCACCACCUGACUUACCAUUAACAGCAUUGGAAAUCGGGUCACUUAGUAGUAAGAAUCAAAUCUCCACCUCAAAAUGGUUCAAGGAUAAUGUUACCAGAAUAGAUUUGAACUCCCAGGAUUCGGAUACUAUCCUUCAACAAGAUUUUAUGCAGCGGCCUUUACCAAAAUCCGAAAAAGAGAAGUACCAUCUAAUAAGUUGUUCAUUGGUGUUAAAUUUUGUUUCUAGUGCCCAAGAACGUGGAGAGAUGUUGAAACGUAUCGGCAAAUUUUUCAAACCUUCAAAAGACAUCCAGGAUCAUGGUAUUUUUCCAUGUUUUUUCUUUGUACUACCAUUACCAUGCGUCACCAACUCGAAAUACAUAAACAAAGAAAACAUACUUCCCUUGUUGAAUGGUUUGGGUUAUUCGCUAUUGAAGUACCAUGAAUCAACUAAAUUAGUUUACAUGCUACUAAGAUAUAAUGAAAGUGAAAAGACCAAGAAUUUCAAGUUUCAAAAGAAAGAAUUAGACGUUACCAGAAAGGCAAAAAGAAACAAUUUUUCAAUCAUCUUGAAAUAG